AUGUCCGCCCGUGUAUUUCUAUGCGGCUCUGCCUAUGUGCAGAUCCAGUUUCUGAGGGAUUUCAGCUUAUUCGCCUGUUACGUAUUUUCUUGCCUCUGUGUGGUCGUGGUGCUGUGUUUAUGCCUCCUGCACGAAGCCAUGCCACGGCCGUUCUUCAGUCAGCUUCGUGUUCACGGCGCGACGCACAAGUUUGGUGUCGCCGUGCAAAGACUGACAGAAACGGCACUAUGGCUGGAGCGUGCCCCACCGUCUGUGGAGCUGUCGAUUAGCUUCGUUCGGCCGUUGCAGAUGCAUCUGCUGAAUUACGAGCACCGAGGGAUCAACAGGCCGACGGAUGUUCUGACCUUCCCCGGUAGUGGAAGUGGCACCCCUGACGCAGCGCGGGUGAAUGAGCUCCUUUUCUCCAACCAAGACGACGUCGCUUGUUUAACGAACUGUUUGUCUGCACCGGAAUGCACGGGCCUGCCAAGACGUGGCGCCCUGUUAGACCUCGGGGAGAUUUACGUCAGUGUCGAGGAGAUGUGGAUGCGCUGCCUUCGCUACCCGCAUAGAAAUCUGCGACUUCAUGACUACCUGCAGGUGGCGUUGGUACAUGCGUUGCUGCACGCCCUGGGGUACGACCACGAUACACCGGAGCGUUGGAGGAAGAUGUCAAGGCGAGAAAGGUCGUUGUUGCACCAGCUAGCUGCGUUCCGGCGCCGUUGGCCUGGUUGUUUAAUGGAGCUGGACGGUAUCGAACUCCUUGCCUCCGUCAACUCGUGA